GCUUGGCCUAAGAUGGUUGCCUUUCGCUGGGAAUUUUACUUGGGUGUGGUCUUGGUUUUGGGUCUUGGUCUGGCACACUGCUUUCUGGUCUUUCCACGUCAGGGAUCCUUUGGUUUACUGGCUGCCGUGGCCAUUCCUUUGGAACUGGGGCCCAAAAAUGUCUACAUGGCCUUCAACUUUGAGUCCAACUAUGCUUUGCCAUCCAAUGAUUCCUAUAAUCAGUGGAUUGAUAGGUGGGACUUGGAUGAUCACUUUAUGGGCGUUGGCGGUAAUGUCACACCUAUAAAUGCCCGUCAGGAUGGAGGAGAGUUUCCAGAGGACGAGGACAAUGAGGUGAAGCGUCGCUCGGUGGGAUCUCCACCUCUCUUUCGACGCCACGACUUCUAUCGCAGUGUUAUUAACUUCCUGACCCAUUAUGGAUUCAAUGGAUCUGCCUGCCUGCUGCGAACUAUUUGCGAGGUCAGCGAAUCGCCUCUGGAUGCCCAAAACGGACUGGUUGGCAGCCUGUUUCAGAUUCUAUUCAUGCCGACGGCGAGUGCCGCGGAGCGGGAACUGCAGCACGUGGAUGGCCUUUACGAGGCCUCCGAUGCGGGCACGCAUGGCCCGGGCUGCUCCGAUUACGUGGCCCACUGCCAACACAGUGCUCUGGACCUGAUAAGCAUUGUGUUCUGAAUAAUUAUGAUGCGGAAAAUUUAAAUCUCUAACUGAGCCAAAAUCUGUCCUUAGUCCUGCUUCUUUAAGUACAACGUUCAAGUAAUUUGUUGGAAUUUUAUAUAUAUCACAAAUUAAAUGCAUUACACCGCUUAAAUGUCUUAAAAAACUUUUAAAUAAGUUUUACGUAUUCUAUUCUUUAAAAUGCUAAGUGGUUCUUAAAGGUUUUUGUAAAAACGUACAAAACUGUGGGAAAAAAGAAAUUAAACACAAAAAAAUGUAAUUGCUUUGAUUAAUA